AUGGCACCUGAGAACCUCACCUAUGUCACAGAGUUCAUCUUGGUAGGACUCUCCAAUGACCGGAAGAUGCAGCUUCUGCUUUUUGUCAUCGUCCUCAUCAUCUAUUUACUCAGCGUAUUGGGGAAUCUGCUAAUCAUCAUUCUGGUGUGGGCAGACUCCUCCCUCCACACACCCAUGUACUUCUUUCUGAUACACCUGUCGGGCCUGGAAAUCUGUUAUGUCACCAGCACGUUGCCUCAGAUGUUGGCUCACCUCCUGUCUGGCAACAGAGCCAUCUCCUUCACUCGUUGUGCAACACAGAUGUACAUCUCAUUGGCUCUUGGUGGCACAGAAUGCCUUCUUCUGGCUGCCAUGGCCUAUGACCGCUACUUGGCCAUCUGCCAUCCCCUGUUAUAUGCUGUUUCUAUGGGCAGGUGGUGCCAGAUGCGACUUACAACAGCUUCCUGGGCAGGUGGCUUCCUCAUUGCUGCAAUAAAUGUAGGUAGCACUCUUCGCCUGCCCUUCUGUGGCCCCAACCUUGUCAAUCACUUCUGCUGUGAACUUCCUGUGGUUCUGAAACUCUCAUGUGCUGACACCCAUAUCUUGGAGGCUAUGAUAUUUGGGGCAUCUGUGCUGGCCCUUUUGCUUCCUGUAUCUGUUGUCGUGACAUCCUAUGGGCUCAUUCUGUGCUCUGUGUUGCAAAUGCGGUCAACUGCGGGACAGCGCAAAGCCUUCUCCACAUGCGCCUCCCACCUGGUGGUGGUCACCAUGUUCUAUGGCACUGCCAUCUCUAUGUACAUGAGACCUCGGACACGCACAGCUCCUGAUCGUGACAAGCAGAUUGCUGUCUUUUACAUUGUGGUCACUCCUGUGCUCAACCCUAUCAUUUACACCUUGCGGAACAAGGAUGUCCAUGGGGUGGUAGCCAAGGUGCUGAGAAGACAGCACUUUGAACAAAAAGGGUGA